AUGGUCCGCUCCAUCUUCGCUCUCGCCCUCCUGGGCGCCCAAGCUCUGGUCAACGCCGCCACCGAGGUCGAGACCCGUACCCUCGACGAGAUCUACAAGGCCGCUCUUGCCGAGGGCGGUGUCGUCACCCUCUGGCACGGAGGUGACGAGCUCACCCAGCAGAACAGCUUGAAGGCUGCCUUCGAGGCUAAGUUCCCCGGCAUGACCCUCAACGUCACCGUCGACCUCUCCAAGUACCACGACGGCAACCUCGACGAUCAGAUCGCCGCCAACAACGUCUUCGUCGACAGCAUUAUCCUCCAGACCCUGCACGACUACCCCCGCUGGAGUGCCGAGGAUGCCCUCCUCGACUACGCGCCCCUUGGCCACGACGCGAUCCUGUCCGAGUUCAAGCCCAACGGCACCGCGACCUACUACGGCAUGUUCAUCAUCGCCUGGCUCAACACCUGGAACAGCCAGAAGCUUCCUGGCGUCGAGGCCCCCGUCGAGUGGAACGACUGGCUUCGCCCUGAGUUCAAGGACAAGCUCGUCCUGACCUAUCCCAACGACGACGAUGCCGUCCUUUUCGCUUUCGACCUUAUUGUCAAGCAGUACGGCGCUGAGUGGUUCGACAAGCUCGUCGCCCAGAACCCCCGCUGGGUCCGCGGCACUCAGACUCCCCGAACCAUCCUCGGCAAGAACGACACCACCUGGGCCGCCACCUUCACCUCCUCCGGCAGCCUGAACCCUACCGCUCCCAUCAACACCAGCCACCCCAUCGAGGGUCGCUUCGUCUCGUGGCCCCAGACCGGCGGUAUCCUCAAGAACGCUCCUCACCCCGAGGGCGCCAAGCUCCUGCACAGCUACAUGCUCAGCACCGAGUUCCAGGAGUCCCGCGGUGGAUGGUCUGUCCGCGGCGACGUCAAGCUUCCCAACAACUACACUCCUAUCCUCGAGACUCCCGGCACCGACCCCACUGCCUUUGGCAAGUGGAUGUCUGACCGCGCUGCUGUCGAGAGACUUCGCUUCUGGUUCGAGGACCGCAUUGGCACUGCCCAGGGCCUCAGCCCCCUCAUUGACGACCUUUGA